CGAGCGCAAGGAAAUCGAGGAGGAAGAGGCUUUCGAAGACCUCCUUCAGCGGCAGCAGCGGAUUCAAGACGAGAUUCGAGAAGCGACGGCGCGCUUGAUUCGCCUUCGCAAGCAGAGGCGUUUCCUUCGUGAGAAGGGUGUGAAGAUGGUACAGCGUGGUUUGCAAAAUUUGGAUGAGCUGGAGGAAAUGGAGCGAAAGGAGUCUGAAGCCGCCGCGCAGGAGUCUUCUGCGGUCCUAGAGGUGCAGGCUAACGGUGGUUUCGAUGUGAUCGACUGGAGUACCGUUGGUUUGGGCGAUGGUCAGUUGCUGGCUGGUCUCGACUUUGCUGGCGGAACUGUCGAAGCUUCCGUUGGCAAUGCGUCAAGUUCCCAAUAG